UCCGGAGGUGUGGGCAACGGGACCGGAAGCAGGUCGCGUUUCCAAGAUGGCGACUCCCUAUGUAACCGACGAAACCGGAAAAUACAUCGCUUCCACACAGCGUCCAGAUGGUACUUGGAGGAAGCAAAGGAGGGUGAAGGAAGGCUAUGUCCCCCAAGAAGAGGUGCCAGUGUAUGAGAAUAAAUACGUGAAAUUCUUCAAAAGUAAACCAGACCUACCUCCGGGCCUGAACGCUGAGGUCAACACCCCAGUGGCCAAGCAAGCUUCAAAGGGACCGGAGGGUAGUGAGACGGGACUCUCCAAGACGGCAAAGAGGAACCUAAAACGCAAGGAGAAGAGGAAGCAGCAGCAGGGGGAGCGAGAUACAGACGAUCUCAUCCAGUCCCUAGAAAAAACCACCUUGUCGGCAGCAGGCAGCAGCGGAGACUGCAAGCUGGCUGGGCAGGCGGGCAGCGCGAGGCCCCCAGUGAGCAGCAGUGAUGCCUCCUAUGUCGCUGCCAUCUUGGAGAAGAACAAGAAAGUCAAAAAUCUGAAAAAGAAACUGCGGCAAGUGGAGGAGCUGCAGGCACGGAUUGACUCUGGGGAGAUCAAGCAGCCGACCAAAGAGCAGUUGGACAAGCUGGCUCGGAGGAAAGCGUUGGAAGAGGAACUCGAGGACCUGGAAUUGGAUUUGUAACGGCGACUGGACAUAUAGCGUGCAUAGGAACAAACCGUCCCCAGGGGAACAUGUUCUGAGAACUGUGUCACACACAGACCAGAAGAUGCUGCCUUCAGGCUCCUUCUUUGUACCUUUUGUUUUAUUUUAUGUUGGGUGCUGUCUGAAUUUUUAAAAGUAUUUCUCCCAACUGUUGAUGUGUUAGAUACUCAAGGACUACUUUGCCACCCUCCUAAAUCCCCUUCUCUUUCCCCUUCCUCCAUUGGGGGUGAGUGGCUGUCUGGG